GCAACCCGCGGAGCCAGUGUACGUGGUUGUGUAAAGGGGAAAGGAGCUCCACGCGAACGCGUUUCUCUGACUGGACCGACUCGGCGACGGCUGCUGCUACUUAUUGUUUAGUUCGGUCAACUUUUAAUAGUUGAAGCUAAAUCCUCCCUUGACGUUGUGUUCACUGCAUGUUCCGCACGAGACUGAGAUCACCCUUUUUCUCUGCACCACAGCGACUCCUCGGCGCCGUGAUCCACAGUAAACAACGGCCCCGUCUGACGCCGUCCUCCUGCUUCUUUGCAAGUGAACGCAUCAUGUCCGACAGGAAACGCAAGGCAACAAGUGCUGCUCCUGCUCCAGAAGAGCCCAGUGCCAAGCAGCAGAAGCUACCCUCCGUGAAGAAGGGCGCCGAUGCGGGCUGCUGCCUGCAGGACCUUGUGGACCAGCAGAGGUCCGAGAAAAGGGGGAUGGCGUUCAACCGGAAGCGCGUGCGAUUCGUAUCUGGCACUGAAAAGGUAAAGCAGGGAUCAAAAGGAGUUUUGUACUGGAUGUCAAGGGACCAACGGGUGCAAGAUAAUUGGGCGCUGAUCCACGCACAGCAGCUGGCUGUGGAGGAGAAGCUGCCGCUGCACGUCUGCUUUUGCCUGGUUGUCCCCAAAUCGGAGCUUUCCACGCUGAGAUACUACAGCUUCAUGCUGAAAGGUCUGGAGGAGGUUGCACAGGAAUGCAAAAGCCUAAACAUCCAGUUCCACCUGCUCCAUGGUUCUGCAGGGGAGGUUCUGCCAGGCUUUGUGUCAGACCACAGCUUUGGGGCGCUGGUGACUGACUUCUCCCCCCUCCGAGAACCGCUGCAGUGGUUGGAAGACGUCAAAAAGAAGCUGCCAAAGGACGUUCCGUUCAUUCAGGUCGACGCCCAUAAUAUUGUUCCCUGCUGGGUUGCAUCACCCAAACUGGAGUACGCUGCCAGAACGAUCAGAGGCAAAAUCACCAAUCUCCUGCCGGAGUUCCUCACCGGUUUCCCUCUGGUAGAAAAACAUCCUCACACAGCAAUAAGAACCGCAAAGCCCGUCGACUGGGACAAAACGCUGGCCUCUCUGAAUGUGGACAGGUCCGUGGGAGAGACGGCGUGGGCGAGCGCGGGCACCAGGGCGGGGAUGGCCGUGCUGCAGUCCUUCAUCGAUGAGCGCCUCAAGUUGUUUAAGACCCACCGUAAUGACCCCAACGCCGCGGCCCUGAGCCAGCUCUCCCCCUGGAUCCGCUUCGGCCACCUGUCUGCCCAGCGUGUGGCGCUGCAGGUUAAGCACUGCAAAAAGGGCUCCAGCGAGUCCGUCGCCUCCUUUCUGGAGGAGCUGGUGGUUCGCAGAGAGCUGACGGACAACUUCUGCUUCUACAACAAGAACUAUGACAGCGUAGAAGGUGCAUAUGACUGGGCUCAGCAGACUUUAAAGGCUCACGCCAAAGACAAGAGGUCGUAUCUCUACACGCGGGAGCACCUGGAGACAGCAAAGACGCAUGAUAAACUGUGGAACGCAGCUCAGUACCAGAUGAUCAUAGAGGGGAAGAUGCAUGGCUUCCUGAGGAUGUACUGGGCCAAAAAGAUCCUGGAGUGGACCUCCUCCCCAGAGGAGGCUCUGUCCAUCGCCCUGUACCUGAACGAUCGCUAUAACCUCGACGGCCAGGACCCCAACGGCUUUGUUGGCUGCAUGUGGUCUAUCUGUGGCAUCCAUGACCAGGGCUGGGCAGAAAGGCCUGUGUUCGGAAAGAUCCGCUACAUGAACUACAGCGGCUGCAAGCGGAAGUUUGACGUAGCCAAGUUCGAGAGGAGUUACUGUCCCAAAACCCUUUGAAGCAUAAAGUAGAAGGAUGGGAAUGAAAUCCCUCCUGUGUCAUGACCUCAGGGAGCAUUUGUUCAACAUCUCUAGCAGGUUUAUAACACAUCAAAUUGCUCCAGACUGUUGCUUUCACUUUGUUUUCUUUGUUUUUGUUCUACUGUCAUACUGAUAGUUUACUGUUUGUUAGGUUUUUGCAUUUCAUUUUGAAUUUUAUACUGUACUUGUGUGUGUAAUUUUUAAGGUAGAGCUCAGAGGAUUUGACCUUUUGUUUUAACUCUGAAGUAAUAAAUGACGUACGUUUAA